AUGGAUGUGGUGAUGCUGGACACUUGGAAGGUUGCCAAGCGAGCGUUGAAGACGAGCGAUGUUACGGACUUUAUUCAGGAAACAUUCAAAGGUGUCCCAAAUAUUGACGCCGUCGUCCAGCGAGCCCAGCGGCUCUCAGACCUAAUUCGCGAACAUGACUAUACGAAAAAUGGACUCCGAAUUCACUUGUUCAAAGCCCAAAUCCUGGGAAUGUCUGCGCUGAAAAAUUCGGUCAGGUCUGACUUGUCAGAGGAAAUGGUCCGAGCGAUGCGGUCGAAUGGGUUGCAGCAACUGUCAAGUCACAAAGUUCAGGUCCACAUCGUACCCGGAAAUCACGAAUCGAUGAUGGCCGGAGAGAACCUGUUGACCGUUCGCGACGCUAUUUUGCGUGUUGCUGAAUCUACA